UUAAAUUAUCACGGCCGACACACCGCGACUCCGCUCGCCCUUUCCAUCUCGCUCCCACCGCCGCCGGCCAGCUUAGCCAUCGGGACCUUCCAAUCCUUCGCCGGCCGUUUUGGUUCAGGGGCUGCUCUCUUGAUCGUAUCGGUGUCGACGCCCCCUCCCCAUCCAUGACGACGCCCGGCUCCUGCCCCGCGACCACCGCCGCCACCCACCCUCCCGUCUGCGACGCUGGCGCCGCAAGUGGAUCGCAAAAAUUGGUGCGGCCGCGACUGGUGCUCUUCGGCGACUCCAUCACCGAGCAGUCCUUCCGCCCCGGUGGCUGGGGCGCCGCACUGUCUGACACCUACUCGCGCAAGGCUGAUGUAGUUGCCAGAGGCUAUGGUGGAUACAACACAAGAUGGGCUCUUUUCUUAAUACAUCACAUCUUUCCACUGGAUGGUUUAGCACCCCCUCUUGCAACCACUAUUUUCUUUGGAGCAAAUGACGCUGCCCUUUUAGGAAGAACUAGCGAGCGACAACAUGUUCCAGUUUCAGAGUAUAAAAACAAUCUCAAAACGAUUGUUAAUCAUUUGAAGGACUGUUCUAAUUCCAUGGUUAUUGUGCUUAUUACACCACCUCCAGUUGAUGAAGAAGGAAGGGAAAGAUUUGCACGGUCACUUUAUGGACAGGAUGCGAGGAAGCUACCUGAAAGGACAAAUGAGAUGGCUGGGGUCUAUGCUGGUUAUUGCGUUGAACUAGCCAGAGAAAUGCAUAUACCCUGCAUUAAUAUCUGGUCAAAGAUGCAGGAGACAGAAGGAUGGCAGAAACUUUACCUAAGUGACGGCCUGCAUCUGACUCCGGAAGGAAACGCAGUUGUCCAUAAGGAGGUCGUCGAAACAUUGAGAAAUGCUGGUCUGAAAGCAGAACACAUGCCGUAUGACUUCCCUCAUCACUCCAAAAUAGACGGGAGUUGUCCAGAAAAGGCGUUCCAAUGAACUGAUUUCAAGCUGUGUGAUGAUUUGGAGUUUUGGAUCCUGGAUUGAAGAUUAUGAUGCCCUUGAAUUAAAUGAUUUCAAGUUGUGUGAUUUUUGGAGUUUGAAAUCCUGUCUUGAAGAUUGUAAUUUGCUCAGGCUUCUCCAAAUGCUGGUUUUGCUUCUUCUACACUUACAUUUUUGGAUUAAGGAAUGUUAGCUUCCAUUUCUCAUUACUCGUAGUGAGUAUUAUUAGCUACUAAUGUCAUGUUCUUUCCACACUUGCCCAAAAUAAGGGGUGGAUAUUCCUCGGAUCAUUUGUUUAUCACCAAUUCGGAUGAACAAAUGAUGUAUGCUUAUAAUUGAUUCGAUGUUAUUUCAGCCUUUAUGGAGGCCCAUA